UCUCUCUCUCUCUCUCUCUCUCUCUCUCUCUCUCUCUCUCUCUCAUGGAGAAAAAAAAUGUCAUCCUCUUCUUCUCCUCCUGCUUCCUCCUCCGUCUUCUCUCAGGAAUUCCAGGCGUGCAAGCUGGUUCUUCUGAUCACCUCAGGCAUCAUGGUAUAAACGGAUUUCACCCAGAAAAGCUUUUCGUAUUUGGGGACUCGUAUGUCGAUACUGGCAACGGCGACAAAUCAACAGCUCGCUCUUGGGAGGUUCCCUACGGCAUCACCUCUCCAGGCAAACCUGACGGACGUUACUCUGACGGUCGUGUCCUCACUGAUUUUCUUGCCAAGUAUUUAGGAUUGAAGUCUCCAAUACCGUACGUGCUGAGGAAAAAUGCACCAAAACUGGCGAGCUAUGGGAUGAAUUUUGCAUUCGGAGGGACCGGUGUUUUCGAUACUUUGGUUUCGGAACCGAACAUGACUACCCAGAUUGAUUUCUUACAAAACCUUGUCAAGAAAUCCGUGUACACAAAAAUGGACCUUGAAUCCUCCUUGAGUCUGGUUAGCAAUGCCGGGAAUGACUACGUCACUUACCUCGCCGAAGGUGGCUCUAACGAGGGUUUGCCAACCUUCAUCGCCCGUGUGGUCAAGCAAAUUGCCGUAAACUUGAAAAGAAUUCGCAACAUGGGAGUGGGAAAAGUGGCCAUCGGGGCGCUGCAGCCCCUCGGAUGCCUUCCCGGCCUCACCGCCCAGAAUUCUUUCCGACAUUGCAAUGGAACCUACAAUGACUUCGUGAAGCUCCACAAUACUUUGCUUCGGCAAGCCGUGGCAGAACUCAACAGUGAGAGCAACGACUCGGGGGCAUUCAUCGUCCUUGAUCUUUAUGGCUCGUUCAAUAACGUCCUCAAUCACAAAGAAUCCAAUGCGAAGUUUCGGAACCUACUGACGCCAUGUUGUACGCCUACCCAAACUCUUUAUUCUUGCGGGAGCGUAGACGCAGACGGAGGGAAGAUGUAUACCUUAUGUGACAACCCUAAAGCUACAUUCUUCUGGGACACGUUUCAUCCAUCACAAUCCGGAUGGCGCGCUGUGUUCUCUGAUUUGAAAUCCGAAUUCGAAACAAGUUAAUUAGUUACGUUCCCUCGAUCGCCGCUGGUAGGUUUAUGAUCUCCUUCAUUAUUGAGUUUGGAAAAAAAUGUUUUCAUCGUUUAGCAAUUCUUAGCACUUUUUGAAUAAGGCUUGGGCAAUGGGG